AUGAAAGCGCCGUCGUCUGCGCGCCGCACAUCAUCGUCAGAAGCAUACUCUCCGUAUCCUCAGUCCUCGUUCUCGCAGCCUGCUGCACCCGCUCGAUCCAACUCGAACUCGCGUGCCUCCGGUGCCGAUUCCCCUCAAGCCGACAUGGCCCCUACACAAUAUAAAGUCGCCCGUGCCAUUUCGUCAUGUACCCGGUGUCGGUCGCGAAAACAGAAGUGCGACGGCAAACUUCCGGCCUGCUCCGCAUGUGAACGUGCAAAGGUCGAAUGCAUUGGCUUCGAUGCGAUCAGCAAGACCAAUGUCUCCCGAAACUAUCUGCAUUCACUCGAGCAGGAGGUCGCAUCCCUGCGUGCGCAGGUCGCUGCGCUCACAUCCAAUGCGGCGGACCCAGCUGCCAACCGGAAACGAGAGAUCGCCUCGGUCACAUCCCAGGACAUGGCGUCCUUCGUUGGGUCGGGCGGUCUCGGUAGCUCAGGCGGAUUGGCCAUCGACCCAACCCUGCAAGGUCCAGAAGGUGAACCGCCCAUGAGAUCGCCGUGGGACGGCCCUUCGCACGCUAGACGCGGCUCGGACUACUUCCCAAGUACUCCGCACAGUGACUCGAUCCAUUCACCCAUUGUUGGCAGCGGGUCUGGUCGUGCUCAGAACCCCAUUACCGCCGGGGCGGCCGCCACUUCCCUCACACGCAUGGUCCAGGAUGCCGCCUUGCGCACAGGCCAUGCGGUAACUGGCGCAACGCUGCUCAACUCUGCGGGCACGCCUAGUCACUCGGGGUCCAUACGCGGUGCGGGCGAAUCCCCUAGCGACCGCUCAGUGAUUGGCAAGGAUUCGCCCCUGGUAGAACAUGCCGAUGAGUCGCAGGACAACUUGCAUACGCCUCGCUCCACACAUGGGCAUGUUCCCUCGCAUGUUCCGCAUUCUCGUGGGCCUCCCUCUGUUUCCUCGCAGAGCGGCUCGUCAAAGCGUGGAAAGCGUCGGUUCAAUGUCCCACCGCUGCCUCCCCAGCCCGCGGUUGAGCGCCUCGUUGCGGCGUACGUCGACUUUGUCGGUGUGACCGCGCCCAUGAUUCAUAUCCCGACGCUCGGGAAACAGAUUCAGCGCAUGCGCGAGGGCACAGACGUCGAUGAGAGUGACGUAUUCGUGGUCAUGAUGGUCCUUGCGCUGAGUACAAUGGCCAGCUCACGUUUCGUCGAUCCUCCCGACGAGCUCCGUGCGUGCUCAGAAGCCUUCCAUGCUGAGGCUCUGAAACACCUCGACGCAGUCUUCGAAGCGCAGUCCUACAUCGGCCUGCAAGCGAUUCUUCUGCUCGUUUGGUACUCGCUGUUGAACCCCGACAAGGGAUCGAUCUGGUUCCUCGUCGGACUGGCUUCGCGCACCUGUGUUGACCUUGGCUUCCACAAUGAGCACAACUCGCAGGCCGAGAAGCUCGACAACCUCGAGAUCGACAUGCGUCGCCGCCUCUUCUGGGUGACCUACAAGAUGGAUCGUCUGUUGUCACAGUCCCUCGGACGCCCGCCAUCCAUUCCGGACGGCUUCAUGUAUGUGCCUCUGCCGGCGCUGCAGCACGACGUCGACAUUCACGCUGGCCAGUACGGUGCGCCCACUGGUGAUGUCUGCGCAUACAAGACCGUGUUCAUGCACACGAUCAAACUGCGCCAGCUGCAGUCGGAGAUCCUGAACCACACGUACGGUGUCAACGGGCAGCCCCUACCCAAGCAGGAGUGGUUCGACGACAUGUUUGAGCGCCUCAAGCACUGGCUCGCUACCGCCCCAGAGCCCCGCGGAACGGUCUCAUCGGAGGGCUACGCCAUCUCUUUCCACAACUCGUGUCUCUUGCUGUUCCGGCCUUCGCGUGGAAACCCGAAACCUGGGCGCACCGCACUGUCGACUGUUUUGGCGAGCUCCUCGUACAUCAUCCGCAUCUACCGCCGCAUGCAGCUGAACAACCGUAUCAGCUGGCUCUGGAUGACGAGCCACUUCUCGUUCAUGGCCGGGCUCUCGUUCCUGUACGCCUUUUUCAACCUGUACAGCCACGGUGGGGGCAACAAUGUGCCUUCGCUCGACGAGGCCAUGAUGGACAUCGAGUCGUGUCUCGCCGUGCUCGAGUACCUUUCGCCUCGCGUCCCCUCCGCCAGCCAGUGCCACGAGACGAUGCGCAGCGUGUCGACUGCGAUCCUCGAGCAGCUCUCAAAGGUCAAGCCGAACCGCAACGAUCUUCCCAGUCGCUCGCCGGGUGCGCGCUUCGGUGCCGCCAUCAGCUCUGCGCGCGACGACCCGCUCCCGAGCGACGCUUCGUUCCCUGCGCCGCUCCCGCCGACGCAGCUGCCAUACGAGCUUACGCUACUGGACAACCUGUUCCUGAACCCGAUCACGAGCCACCACAAGCUGUCCGAGUACACGAACGGCGUGAAGAAGCGCAAGCUGGACGAUGGGGCCGCGCAGCCAACCCCGACGCAGCAGCCCGCGUCGCUGCCUCCGUCGGCGUUCCACAGCGUCGGUCCCUAUGGUAUCGCCGCCCAGGUGACGUCAGCCGCGACGAAGAACAACGGCCUGUCGCUCGCUGGUGCCGCCGGCGCAUGGCUGGGCACCGAGGCCGGCCAGACAGCUUCCUCGGCCGUCGUUCCAGGCCAACCGUCCGGACACGCUGGCGCAAUCCUGGACGAGAUGAUCAUCAAUGGCGUCGGGCACGAGCAGCAGCAGAACGGCCAGGCCGCACCAAACGGCAACGGCGCGGACCCCACCCAGCAGCAACCUCAGCAGCCGCAGCAGGGUCAGGACCAGGCUGCGUUCGACAUCUUCUCCUUCCUCAUGGACGAGGACUCGGCGCUUGGCCAGCUCACGACGAACUGGAACGCCCUCGACGUACCGCCCGACUACCCCUUGUGGAGCUAG